UCCGUAUAAAAAUUGACAUCACUCUCUUUUUUUUUUUGGUCAUUCUCAAUCUGAUUCAUUCUCCAAUCUAAUUUCCAUCUCUCUCCCUCAACAUGUCUGACGAAGAGCACCACUUCGAGUCCAGCGACGCCGGAGCUUCCAAGACCUACCCUCAGCAGGCUGGUAACAUCCGUAAAGGUGGUCACAUCGUCAUCAAGGGCCGUCCCUGCAAGGUUGUUGAGGUUUCGACUUCGAAGACUGGUAAGCACGGUCACGCGAAGUGUCACUUCGUUGCCAUUGAUAUCUUCACUGCCAAGAAGCUCGAGGAUAUUGUUCCCUCUUCCCACAAUUGUGAUGUUCCACAUGUGAACCGUGUUGACUACCAGUUGAUUGAUAUCUCUGAGGAUGGCUUUGUUAGCCUUUUGACCGACAGUGGUGGCACCAAGGACGACCUCAAGCUUCCCACCGAUGAUAAUCUCAGCGCUCUGAUGAAGAGUGGAUUCGAGGAGGGAAAGGAUGUGGUGGUGUCUGUCAUGUCUUCCAUGGGAGAGGAGCAGAUCUGUGCCGUCAAGGAAGUUGGUGGUGGCAAGUAAACCAAUAGUAUCAUUCUCUUUACACAGAGAGGAUAAUAUUACUCUAUAUCCAGUUGUUAUAAGAACGAGGAAAAAAAAUGUCUUUUCCUUCUUUUUCUAAUUUAGACCAUUUAUGUGUGUUUCUUGUUGCAAGACAACCAUAUCUAUUGGUUUUGGAUUGUUGAAACGUUUGGUGUUUUAAACAGCGAAAGUUCUACUAGCCUUUGCUUAUCAUUAAUACCUGUUGGUUAUAUGUUAUUCAAGAAGAUUACGUUUAA